UUCAACAAUUAAGCGAGCAGUAGUUCAGGAACGCAUCUGAGUAUUUUAUUUUAACGUUGAUUUCAAGCCAGAAGAAGUUUAUUUCCUGUUGUGAUUGGAUUUAAGUGAACAUGAAGCCACGGAUUCUGGUGAUCUUUCUGCUGACAUUUAUCUUCUCAUGUGCUUGUAAUAGCUUAGAGCUGGCCUUUCUGCUCCAGCCUAAUGACGUAAUUGCUGUAAGGGAGAAGCCGCUAAUGUUAGACUGCCGGGUGGAGGGUGAGGAACCCAUCACUGUGACGUGGCUUAGGAAUGGAAAACCGGUACCUACAGGAGCUGGUGCACGAGCCAUAGUUCUGUCCAAUGGCACCCUCCUGAUUCGGAGCUUUCAGAAGAAAAGAGAUGGAGAUUCCACUGAUGCUGGAGAAUAUCACUGUGCAGCCCAGAACCGUUACGGCAUGCUGGUCAGCCGUAAGGCCCGUGUUCACCUGGCAUCCCUUCCUAAGUUUUACAUGCAUCCAGAGUCCAUGAUGGUGGACGAGGGAGGAGUGGCACGUUUUCAGUGCCAGGUGAACAGUAUUCCUGAGGCCGGCAUCACCUGGGAGAAAGAUCGUAUGGCCAUAAGCACAUCAAAUGAAAGGUAUACACUUCUCCCCAUGGGCAUCUUGCAGAUCACUGGGGUGAAGAAGUCAGAUGCUGGGGUUUUUCGAUGUGUUGCCACAAAUAUUGCGAACACCCGCUACAGCCAUGAAGCCCUUCUUAACGUCACUGGUGGUGCUUCACGCAUCUACAAGGAACCAGUGAUCCUGUCUGGCCCCCAGAAUCUCACUAUCACUGUCCAUCAGACAGCCAUUCUGGAGUGUAUUGCUACUGGAAACCCCAGGCCUAUUGUGUCUUGGAGCAGACUGGAUGGCAGAUCUAUAGGUGUGGAAGGAAUCCAGGUCCUGGGCACAGGGAAUCUGAUGAUCUCUGAUGUGUCCCUGCAGCACUCUGGAGUGUAUGUGUGUGCUGCCAAUCGUCCUGGUACAAGGAUGAGACGUACAGCUCUUGGCAGGCUAGUAGUUCAAGCUCCUCCUGAAUUCAUCCAGUGGCCACAGUCUGUGUCUAAACCAGUAGGGGGCAGUGCAGUGUUUACAUGUGUAGCUCAAGGAGUUCCUGAAGCUCACCUCAUCUGGCUAAAGAAUGGCAAGAUCCUCACACCUGGAGACAAUGUCAAACUCACCAACAACAACAGUACUCUGGCAGUGACUCGUAUCACGUCUGAAGAUGAGGCCAUCUACCAGUGCAUAGCUGAGAACAGUGCUGGCACCAACCAGGCAAGUGCUCGUUUGGCUGUGACUAUGGCCACAGAGCUGCCUGAAUCUCCUCAGGGCCUGAAGGUCACACCUCUGUCCAAAAACACCCUGCAGCUGUCCUGGACUCAGCCUCCAAUAGAAGUGACCGACAGCAUCAUCGGAUAUGUGUUACACAUCCGCAAAAUGGGUGAGCCAGAAAAUAAAGAACUUCAGGAAGCUGUGAGCAAGACAACCUACCAGCAUGACCUUAUAAACCUGGAGCCAGCUACCACCUAUUCCAUUUUCCUGAAGGCCUACUCUCCUCUGGGUGCGAGCCAGGAGUCGAGCACUGUUGUUGCUACAACAUUAGGGGGCGCUCCUAUUCCACCUGUAUUCUUUACCAAAGUGAUGAAUGCCUCAUCGGUGCAAGUCCUUUGGGAGUUGCCAAACAAGCCAGGUAAAGUCGAGGGUUUCAGACUGUCUUACCGCCGCGUCCCUCACGGAGAUUUCCAGGGCCCAAUUCAAAUGUCGUGUCACACUACUGUUCACACUAUUGCACACCUUGAUCCUGGUGCUGUGUAUGAAGUCAAACUGGUGGCCUAUAAUGGAAAUGGAGAGAGUGACUGCUCUAAGCGUUUGGUAUCACUGGCUGAGGAUGGGACCACAGCUAAAGCCAGGGAGGAAAGCAGGUGCAACUGUAGGGAAACUGAGGGCUCAUUAGCAGGGAUGGUGGUUGGAAUCCACAUUGGAAUGGCCUGCAUCAUUUUCUGUGUGCUGUUCCUUAUGUUUGGAUACCGCCGCAGGUAA